AUGGAUGCUAGUGAAGACAAUUUACCGGGCUCUAACGGCAACGACACUUUUGGGAUAUCCCGGUCGGGUCAGAAAUCUGGUUCUAACGACUUUGUACGCAAGCUCUUCAAGAUCUUGGAAGGCGGCCAAUACACUCACAUCGUACAAUGGACUGAGGAUGGGGAUAGUUUUGUUGUUUUGGAUACGAAUGCAUUCACGACUCAGAUUCUACCGCAGCAUUUCAAACACUCGAACUUUUCCAGUUUUGUGCGGCAGUUGAACAAGUACGAUUUCCACAAGAUCAAGCGAACUACUGAGGAAAAGCAGAACUCGCAAUAUGGUGAACACAGCUGGGAGUUCAAGCACCCGCACUUCAAGAUACAUGACGAAGAACAGCUCGAUAACAUAAAGAGGAAAUCAGCAAUGCAGAAAAAAUUCUUACUGUAUGAAAAUACCGUUUUACUGAAGCAAAAUGCAGAGAACGGAGUAGUUGUGGACUCGGCAGCCGAUAUGAUAUUCAACAAUACUGUGAGUAAAUCUAAGUUUCAUCAGCUAAAGCGGAAAGUCGAAGCUCUGGAUCAAGAAGUAAAUUACCUGAAAAACGAAAAUUACGAAUUGAAAUUGGGUCACCAGAAGUCUCAGUCCAAAUACAACACACUUUUGGAUAACCUUAUAUCGACAAAAGAGUUUAGCAACGUCCUGGUCACAAAUUUUAACGUUCUUGUCAACAGUUUAACCUCCCAAGGUUUAGAAAUUCCUGCUAACUUAACAUUUAACGCUACAAUGCCCACGACGCAUACGGUGAAAAGUACUCAGUCACCACAGAUGAGCUCUGCGGUUCCCACACUGCCGGUUCGAAAAUCAUCAAACAUUGACUCGGGCCCGCCAUCCACUACGCCACACAUGAUUUUAGAUCACCCAAUAUUACGGCCGGGAUUUAAUGUGCUUCUGGUAGAAGAUGAUUCUAUCUGCAUUCAGCUAUGCUCCAAAUUUCUGAUGAAGUAUGGUUGUACCGUGGAAGUUGUAACAGAUGGAUUGGCGGCCAUUUCAACACUAGAAAAGUUUCGCUAUGACUUGGUAUUGAUGGACAUUGUUAUGCCUAAUCUGGACGGUGCUACUGCGACAUCUAUAGUCAGAAGUUUUGACAACCACACCCCAAUCAUCGCAAUGACAGGAAAUAUAGAAGAUCAAGACUUGGUAACCUAUCUACAGCAUGGCAUGAAUGACAUUCUGGCAAAACCAUUUACUAAAGACGAUUUGCAUUCGAUGCUUAUAAGAUAUUUGCGAAACCGAGUACCUCUCUCGGAACAAAGAUCAGAAUUGUCCUCAAAGACUCCUCCAUCACCCCCCCUACCGCAUAGCAGCGAUGUUUCAAAUCUAACUCGCGAAGAACCUCCAAUCAAAAAACAACACGUAUAG